AGAACAUUAAAGAUGGCCGCCACCCAGCAAAAGACCAAGGUCGCCCUCUAGUGGCUGAAAACAAGAGCACAGGGAUGACGUGUCCUCUCCUCUUAGCUUCUGAAACAAGUGUGGGAAGAAAUCAGCUCUACUCUACCAACAAGAAGGAUGAGCAAGAACAACAGAAUGAAGAAAUAAACAAAAGGUAUAAAUAUCUUUGUUGAAGUCAUCUUUUUUAUACAUCAUGUUUGCAGGGGGGCUGCACAGCUCUGAGAAGCCCAUUCUUUGGUUUAUUGAUAGUAUUUUCUGAUGGGCCAUAGAGGAGGCAUACGUGUCCUACUGCAUAUGAUACAUCAAGUAUUGAGAUGAUGACUGAGGUCAUGUUGGAGUAAACGGGCUGUGUCUCAUUGCUGGGGCGUGUGUCCUGGUGUGGCUCGUGAAAAUACACGAUGGUCACCCGAACAAACUUAAGACUUGUUUGUGCAAGAAAAUCUUGACUAAAAUAUCCUCCCGCUUUGACUAAACAUGUUUGGUCGGCUGACCGCACGGCAGCUGCUGCUGGCGUCAUUCUGGUCAACAUCAGCCUCAAACCUCAUUGCCUUUGCGGCAGCCAAUGUGGGUGCCAUAUGUCAACAUGCGCUAUAUGCCUAGCAUGUCCCGGGCUAAGCGAGGGCCACAUAGCGAAAAGGGAAAGGGUGCAAGUUGGCCACUUAUAUAUUUUGGAGGGCAGUGUCAUGAUGUCUACUUGUUUUGGUCUGCUGCCCCCUGUUGUCUCUUUUCUGUCCUGCAGCGAAGCCCUGCCUUGUUCCCCUGGUCUGCACACCUUUGCCCAUCAGCCAUUAGGCCUUCAUGUACCAGUCCACUUCCAUUGUUGCCUCGUCCUGUCUCUCUGCCUAGUAACUCCUAUUUUGGCUGCCUCCUGUCUAUAUUUUUGACUCAAGCAUGCUGGUGGUAGAGUCCUGGCCUCAGGGGGCUGCACGAAUGGCGCCGGGCCUGAGGGAGCUGCGGUUGACUGUGAGGGAAGCAGGCAGGCGUGACCGAUGUGGGGUUUAAAACCGGUCUGACUGGGCCAGCACGCCGGCUAGAAGCAGCUGAUGUCACCUGGAUCAACAUGUGGGCGUGGCCUCCUGUGUCGUCACUCUGACUUCAUUUGUGGGCCUGGCUGGAGAACCCAUUGGUCUAGUUUGGUCUGGUAUCACGCGUGUCGUCUUCAAGCUCAGCUGUGACGUGUUCGAUCCCACUGAGCUUCUCGGCUGAUUAAAAAGAAAGAUCUUCCUCCUGGAGUUUGCCAUCACGAGUAGGCUGAGGAUUACGGCGGCUGGCGGUUCAAAGUGAAGUCUGCCUAAAUCUAAAAUUAGAAAGAGCAGCCUUGCUUGUGUGUGACGUUGGUGAUCUUGUCUUCAUGGGGGUCAGACCUACGCCUGGAUUGGUCAGCAGCCAAUCACAGGACGCAUACGGGACACAUCUUUGGGUUGUUUCCCCAAAUCAGGUGUCAGAAAGCACAUCUCGUCAACCAUACGGGUCGCCACUGCAAACCAAUCUCCUCCAUCCAACCCUGUCUUCUGCAUAUGUCCUUUCACACCAACUCCCCUCAUGUCCUCCUUCACUACAUCCAUAAAGCUCCUCCACGCCUACCUAGCAUCCUUCAACUCUCUUCUGGACAUGUCCCAACCAUUUCAGUCUGGCCUCUCGGACUUUAUCUUCAAGGGGUCUAACAUGUAAUGCCCCUCUGAUGUACUCCUUACUGAUCCUAUCCAUCCUGGUCACUCCCAACGUGAACCUCAGCAUCCUCAUCUCUGCUACCUCCAGUUCUGCUUCCUGUCUUUCCCUCAGUGGCACUGUCUGGGUCAUGCUAAUAAAUGACUAUAGGGAUUGUGCAGGUGUACCUAAUGAAGUGGCCAAAAGUGAAGUUGGGGGCCUGCCAGGGUAGAUGACGUCAUCAAGCAGCAGCUUCACGGCUGUUUGGAUUUGAAAGGGUUAACACUAGCGGCGCGCACGCGUACUGAGAGCAUCGGGAGCGCGCCCAGGCUCACCCGGCUGGCCGAGCUCAAACCGAAGUCACACACACUGAAGAGGGAGCAGUCUCGGACUUCCAAGCGGUAAAAACGACCGGAGCGUCUGACCCUCCUGUGGAAUAAUCUUUUUUCUUUUACCGGGGCGCUUCAGGCGGACCGAGAAGGUCAGCAAGGCGGUCCACCAUGACGGGCAACAGGGAGGAGGAGAGGAGGAAACUGGCCGACAUCAUCAACCACUGGAACGCCAACCGGCUCGACCUGUUCGAGAUCAGCCGGCCCACAGAGGACCUGGAGUUCCAUGGCGUGAUGCGCUUCUAUUUCCAAGACCGCGUGGCCGGCAACUUUGCCACCAAGUGCAUCAGGGUGUCCAGCACCGCAACCACACAGGACGUCAUCGAGACGCUAGCGGAAAAGUUUAGACCGGACAUGAGGAUGCUCUCGUCCCCCAAAUACUCCCUGUAUGAGGUCCACGUCAGCGGCGAAGAGCGCCAGCUGGACCUGGACGAGAAGCCUCUUGUUGUUCAGCUCAACUGGAAUAAAGACGAUAGAGAAGGCCGCUUUGUCCUGAAGAAUGAGAACGACAUCCUGCCCAAGAAGAGCCAGAGCAACGGGCCGGAGAAGGAGAAGGACGGCGUGAUCCAGAACUUCAAGAGAACCCUGUCCAAGAAGGAGAAGAAAAAGGAGAAGAAGAGGGAGAAGGAGUUUGCUCGUAUAACCGACGGGGACGAGCAGAUGCUGAAUCGGGAGGACGGGGAGAACAGUCGGCUGGCCGCGGAGGUCUACAAGGACAUGCCCGAGACCAGCUUCACCAGGACCAUCUCCAACCCGGAGGUGGUGAUGAAGAGGCGACGCCAGCAGAAACUGGAGAAGCGCAUGCAGGAGUUCAUGAGCGGCGAUGGGCGGCCCGACUCAGGGGGGACACUGCGGAUCUAUGCUGACAGCCUGAAGCCCAACAUUCCAUACAAGACCAUCCUGCUCUCCACCAGGGACACGGCCGAUUUUGCUGUGGUGGAAGCGCUGGAGAAGUACGGGCUGGAGAAGGAGAACCCCAGAGAGUACUGCAUUGCCCGGCAAGACGACAAGUCUGGCAAGGAGGUGAUCCUGGACGAUGGCGAGUGUCCGCUGCAGAUCUUCAGAGACUGGCCUGCAGACAGAGGAGCGCUGGUCUUCCAGCUGAAGAAGAGGCCGCCUGACUACCAGGGGAGGAAGCUGAGGAAAGCGGACGACAAGGGCCUGCGAUUGAAGGACGGGUGCAGCUCCUUGCCGCCCGAGAAGCUGCCUUACCUGGUGGAGCUGAGCCCAGGGCGAGGGAAUCACUAUGCCUACUACUCCUAUCGGCACCAUGAAGACGGCUCCGACUCCCGGGACAAACCAAAGCUGUAUCGCCUGCAGCUCAGCAUCACCGAGGUGGGCUCCGACUGCACGGACGACGGAGCCAUCCAGCUGCUGGGCCCGGGGAUCCUCCCCCACCACUGUAACUUGACGCACAGCGAGGGCAUGGUGACGGUGACGCCGCACGGCCCCGACGCCGACACCUUCGUGGACGGCCAGCGCAUCACAGAGACGACCGUGCUGCGUUCGGGCUCGACGCUGCAGUUUGGCUCGUCCCACGUCUUCAAGUUUGUGGACCCGCUGUACGACCAGGGUGGAAAGAGGGAGCCGACGUCCAUGAUGAGGAGCAGACACAAAUCCGGCAGUGUUCCCGAAACCACCUUCGACCUGCAGGGAGACAUCCACAGUGGGGCUGCCCUGCCCACCAGCAAGAGCUCGGGUAAGCUGGAGAUGGAGCGAGGAAUGGUCAAGCCCAUGAUCAGAGGCGAGCUGCAGGACGGCAGGUCCCAGGACAUCUCGGCUGAGCGCUCGGAGUUGACUCUUCCGGCCAGCAUCGAGUUCAGAGAAAACUCUGAAGACACCUUCCUGUCGGCCAUCAUCAACUACACCAACAGCUCCACGGUGCACUUCAAGCUGUCGCCCACGUACGUCCUGUACAUGGCCUGCCGCUACGUCCUGUCGCCCGCCUACCGGCCCGACAUGUCACCUUCGGAGAGGACGCACAAGGUCAUUGCCAUCGUCAACAAGAUGGUGAGCAUGAUGGAGGGAGUCAUCCAGGAAAGUCCUGAAGGGGAUCAGAAACAGAAGAACAUCGCUGGUGCGCUGGCUUUCUGGAUGGCCAACGCCUCUGAGCUGCUCAACUUUAUCAAGCAGGACCGAGACUUGAGCCGCAUCACGCUGGACGCUCAGGACGUGCUGGCCCAUCUGGUCCAGAUGGCCUUCAAGUACCUGGUCCACUGCCUCCAGGCCGACCUGAACAACUACAUGACCGCCUUCCUGGACGACCCCGAGGAACACAAUCCCCAGAGGCCCAAGAUAGAGGACGUCUUGCACACUUUGACGGGCGCCAUGUCGCUGCUGCGGCGGUGUCGCGUCAACGCCGCCCUGACCAUCCAGCUCUUCUCGCAGCUCUUCCACUUCAUCAACAUGUGGCUGUUCAACAAGUUGGUGACUGACACGGAUUCGGGACUCUGCUGCCACUACUGGGGGGCCAUCCUACGGCAGCAGCUCAGCCACAUCGAGGCCUGGGCCGAGAAACAGGGCCUGGAGCUGGCCGCCGACUGCCACCUCAGUCGCAUUGUUCAGGCCACCACGCUGCUGACCAUGGACAAGUACUCCAUGCAAGACGUUCAGAACAUCCACAGCACUUGCUUCAAACUCAACUCCCUGCAGCUUUACGCCCUCAUGACCAACUACCACUGUGCUCCCGACGAGCCUUACAUCCCACCCGAGCUGAUCGACCACGUGGUGGCGGUGGCCGAGAACACGGCAGACGAGCUGGCGAGGAGCGACGGCCGGGAGGUCCAGCUGGAGGAGGACCCCGACCUCCAGCUGCCUUUCCUCCUGCCCGAAGACGGCUACUCGUGCGACGUGGUACGCAACCUCCCCAACGGUUUGCAGGACUUCCUGGACCCGUUGCUGCAGAGAGGCUUCUGCCGACUAACGCCUCAUCCUCGCUCCCCCGGCACGUGGACAGUCCACUUCGAGGGGGCCGACUGCGACAACCACUUCUCUGCUGCUGACAACUCUGACAUGCCAAUGAGGAAAGAGCCGGAGGUCGUGACGGUGACGCUGAAGAAGCACAAUGGCAUGGGUCUCAGCAUCGUGGCCGCCAAGGGCGCCGGCCAGGAGAAACUGGGCAUCUACAUCAAGUCUGUGGUCAAAGGGGGCGCCGCCGAUAUGGACGGACGUCUGGCAGCGGGCGACCAGCUGUUGAGCGUGGAUGGUCGCAGCCUGGUGGGGCUGUCGCAGGAGAGGGCGGCCGAGCUGAUGACCAGGACGGGAUCGGUGGUGACUCUGGAGGUGGCCAAGCAGGGCGCCAUUUACCACGGGCUGGCCACGCUCCUCAACCAGCCCAGCCCCAUGAUGCCUCGAGCAUCAGAUCGAGGUCGCGAGAAGAACGGCAAGAUGCGACCAAAGAGCGAAGGCUUUGAGUUGUACAACAGCUCUGUGCAGAACGGCUCUCCGGAGAGUCCGCAGCCCGGCUGGGACUCUUAUCCAGAACCAAAGAAGAUGAGCGGAGAAGAGCGGCUUCUCAAGAACCGGGCAGACCACCGCUCCAGUCCCAACGUGGCCAAUCAGGGCCAGAGUCCUGCAGGCAAAGCCGUCUAUCCCGGCGGUCCUGGCACCAAGAUCACCUCCGUCUCCACCGGCAACCUGUGCGCUGACGAGGAGCCUUCACCUCCACGUCCAGAGGCUUACCCCAUCCCCACUCAGACUUACGCCAGGGAGUACUUCACCAUCCCGGCAUCCAAGAGCCAGGACCGUGUGGUCGGUCCCGGGCCGGGCACCUCGCCGCACUGGCAGGGCAUGGAGGACCGAGAACGGCUCCCCACGGUGGACAACAUCCACAACAGCAUGCAGCGGGUCAACCACUCCCAGGAGGACAUGUACCCCCCACCUGUGCUCAUGAGGCCAGAUGAGCGCAUGCAGCAACACUACCAGCAGGACUACCAGCACCGAGACCUGGACUACCAGCACCGAGACCUGGACUACCCAAGGGGACCGCCAGGUGUUGGACCAGACCACUGGGGGCCGCAGCAGCAGGUUUCCUCCUCUUUGGAGUCGUCCACAUCCAGCCAGGAGCACCUUAACUUCUCGGCCUCCUCCACGUCUUCCGGCAAGAACCAGAAGACCGGGCCCGGUCGAUGGAAGACGCCCAACGCCCCUCACGCCGUGCCACCACACUCGGUCCAGCCGCCAUCCCGCUCCGACCUGCCGCCGCCCCCUCCGCCGCCACCAGCUCCUUACCCCGACGCGUACGAAGCCUACGACUCCCAGCCCGACCUGCCCCUGCCGCCGCCUCCCUCCGCCGUCUCCUCCGUGUCGGCCCAACAAGCCGCCGACCGCAAGAAGCGUGAGGAACAACAACGCUGGUAUGAGAAGGAGAAAGCUCGUCUGGAGGAGGAAAGGGAGAGGAAGAGGAGGGAGCAAGAGCGGAAGUUGGGUCAGAUCCGAGCUAACCCCGUCAUGCCUGUCCAGCCUCACAACAACGGCGGAACCAUGCCUCCUCCUCAUCAUCAUCACCAUCAGCCCCCCCUGGCCUCCAUGGGGCCCCCUCAGGCCUACCCCCCCUCGCAGCCCCAGCCUCCCCCCUCCAGACCAGAGAAGCUGGCCAGCCUUCCUCGCUCGGCGGUCCCUCCUGCUGCCAGCGCCUCCAACCCCCCAGCGCCCGCAGGCAUGGACACGGUCAUCAGAGAGCUGCUACCGCAGCAGCAGCCUCGCACCAUUGAGAGGCGGGACCUCCAGUACAUCACCAUCAGCAAGGAGGAGCUGACCAGCGACAGCCUCUCCCCAGACCCCUGGAAGAGGGACGCCCGCGAGAAGGCCGAGAAGCAGCAGCAGCUUCACAUCGUCGACCUCCUGGACAAGGAGAUCCAGGAGCUCCAGGCCAAGCCGGAGCGCACGGCGGAGGAGAGCGACCGCCUGAGGAAGCUGAUGCUGGAGUGGCAGUUCCAGAAGCGGCUGCAGGAGUCCAAGCAGAGCGACGAGGAUGAGGAGGAGGAGGACGACGAGGAUGUGGACACCAUGAUGAUCAUGCAGAGGCUCGAGGCCGAGAAGAGAGCCAGGCAGCAGACUGCUGUCCCAGCUAUCUCUGUUCUAGACUUGUUGCAGGACGAGGAGCGGCGGCGCAAGCAGCAGCUGGAGGAAAUCCGCAAACGGGAGGCUGAGGAGCGAGUCAAGCAGGAGGAGGAGAGGAGGUGGAGGGAGGAGGAGCGAGCCAAGCGGGAGGCUGCGGAGAAGAGGAGACAGGAGGAGGAGUACUACACUCGCCUGGAGGCCGAGCGGCGCCGGCAGCACGAGGAGGCGGAGAGAAAGCUGCUGACGCCGGACGAGCCGGCCGGUCUGUAUCGGCCCCCGCUGCCGAGGGACUACCAGCCCCCCGCCCCCCACAACCCUACUAACACCCCCCCGCCACCCCCGCAGAGAAACACCUCCUACCUCAAAACGCAGGUGGCCUCCCCCGACACGCUCUACACCGCCACGUUCGUGGCCUACGCGGGCGACGAGGAAGACGAGGAGGAAGCAGGAAGCGGCGGCAGCCAGUCAGGUCAGGCCAAGCUGUCGGCGACCCGGAAGUCGUACGGUGACCUCCCGGCCGGUGCCGCGCCCUGUCGCAGCAAGCCUCAGCCGCCGCCCACUGCACGAAAACCCCGCCCUUUGUCGGACGGCAUCUUCCUGUCUAGCUCCUUCCGGCCGCCCGCCAACAACUCCAACAGUACAGGGCCCCCCCUCCCCGCCAAACCCGGCAGCGGCCCCCCAGGAGGCUUGAAAGGAUUUAACUCGUACACUGGAAACUCGUCAGGAGUUGUAGGAUCCGGAGAGUUCUACAAGGACCCGAGAGACAAAUGGACCAAGAGUCAGGAGCAGGAGAACAUCCCCAGCGGCGCCCCCCCCGAGAGUCUGACCUUCAAGGAGCGCCAGCGUCUCUUCUCCCAGGGGAAGGAGGUGUCCAACAAGGUCAAAGCGUCUCGCAAGCUGAUGGAGCUGGAGAACGAGCUCAACACCAAGCAGUGAGCCAGCUCCGCCCCCGCGCCCCACCCACAUUUUAUUUCAAUUACUGGACCUUGGCCCUGCCCCCUCCUGACCCCUCCCAGCUGACGCGUGGACCGGCGCUGUACAAAAGCUGUAAUUGCACCACAAGUUGGAGAUCUAUUCUUCUUAUCAAACGGUGCUGGGGGAGGGAAGGCUUAUUUUAAUUUGCUCAUUUUAAUGAUCAUUAUUUUUUAAUAGCUUACAGAGAUUUUAAGUGGUUAGCUUUUAUGCUCCUCUGCCCGGCAACAGACCAACUUUUAUUUGAUUUGAUUUGAUUUUAAGCAAACACUGUUACUUCAUUCCAGCAUGGCGGGCUUUUUUUUUUUUGUUUUCAUGUUUUAGGACGAGUUUGAUGUGAAAGUGCACAAGCUGACUGUAAAUAUUUGGCUGGUCUCACCGGGACGACUGUACGCCCAAACGACAACAACACUAAUGUGACAUUUAAAUGUUUCCUCCAACCUCAGCUAACUUCUUUUUCAAUAAAUAGUCUUUUUUUUGCCGAUUUGUGUGACGUUAAUUUGACCGAUCGGAUGUUAGACUUUCACAAUAAUUAAAAAAUACAACAUAUUUAUUGUUUGUGUUGAAAGAAGUGUUUUCUAGUAUGAAAUGUUUGGCCAAACUGCUCUCAUUUUUCCAUUUGGAGGGGUUUCCACGGUAACGGCUGAUGUAGGAAAAAGGCACUUUUGAAAGGUUUGAAAUAAAAGUGAUGCUUUUGAACAUCA